AUGGAGGAGAGGGAAAGACAAAGUGCAAAACCGGACAGUAAAGAUGGGGCGCCUGCUCCCAGUUCGAGCACACCGACUGCCCCGGGGCACAAAGCAAGGGCUGCGAGCAAAGAUGAGGAUGACGAGGCGGGAAAAACAAACGUGUGCUCGGAGAACUUUGACCCGCUCCUGGCCCUGUACUCCCCGGCCGUGCCGCUGCCUUUCCCCGACAUCAAGAGCUUCAACAACGUGGCGGCGUACGAGAGCUUCCUGAAGGGCGGCCGGGGCCGGGCCAAACCGGAGAACGUGGAGAAGAGGCAGAGGAAGGCGAUGAAAGGGGUGGUGGACCCGGAGCGCAUCGAGAGGCUGAAGAGGCUGAUGGUGAACAACCCGGCGGGGCAGCCGGAGGAGGGAGAGGGAGAGGGCAGCGGCACGGCGCCGAGGAGGAGGAGGAGGCAGAGACCCCAGAAGAACGUCCUGACGAGGAUGACCCUAUGUGCAGGCAGUCCUUUGGGGGAGCUGUACCGCUUCGUUCAGGAGAGGAUCAGAGUCAGGGUUCACAUCAGGACCUUCAAAGGUCUGAGAGGAGUGUGCUCCGGCUUCGUGGUGGCCUUCGACAAGUUCUGGAACAUGGCAAUGGUAGACGUGGAUGAAACCUACAAAGAGCCUGUGUUUGGAGAGGAAUUCUACCACGAGAAAGCCCUCACAGUUACUCGGCUCUUUGAGAAGCUAAAGCUCCAGGAAAGUGAAGCAUCAAGCAAGACGGUGGACGCUGCGGGAAGAGAUUCUCAGACUUCUCUCAAAAGCUCGUCUGCCGAUGCGAGAGACGACGGCAGGACGCCGGAGUCCGAACAGGGCUCAGCCUCUCGGCCAAAGAAAGCCACGCAGAAGGGCCGCCAUCGAGUGACGGUCCCCAAGCCGUACGGGAAGGUCCACACGCGCCACGUCAACCAGCUGUUCAUCCGCGGGGAGAACGUGAUCCUGGUGAACCCGCAGCCCCUCGGACCCGCAACGUGAAAUUCAGUUUGAGUCGGCUCAAACUCUGACUGCUGUUCUAUCACAUUGAUACGGAGGAUCCUCUCUGUCCACCAGAGACACUUUAUUUGUUUUAAAUUUCAGAAAUAAAAUGUUUUGUUUUGUGCGGCACUCCAGUGUGCUUCGGUUGUUCUCCAGCAGGUGGCAGCAUAAACACGCCGGAGCGGCCUGUGGGGCCAUUGUCAUCUCAGAGCGCGUGUCCCUUUAUGUUGCAUUUCCCCGUUAGUUUGAACAGGAAUGACAGCGCAGUCUCAGCGGACUUCAUAAAUGCAUUAUGAAUAAUUGAGUUUGUGAAGCUGGAGAUUGCAGAUGGCACUCAAAAGCUGUCAUUUGUCUUGACGUCUCAGAUUGCUUUUACUCUUUAAUGGGCACAUUACCCAUAAAAGCACAAUUUACUGCAUCUCAUAGAAGUUGUAAAGAUGUUUCUUUUUUUUCCCUCUUUAAAUGACAGGGGUUAGUUUGGAUGAUGAGUGGCACGGAGCUUCUCCGGCUCCAGAGUUUUAUUUUCUUAUUUUA